ACAUCAAUAAAUAUUAAAUAAUUCCCUCUCUGACCGUUUUUCACAGUACUCCUUCCCUCUUUUUAGAACUGUACUACUCUUCCCUUCCUCAAAAGCAGAUACCUCAGCAUUUGUUUUUCUCUCACUAUAAAUAUUUCCUUUCAGGAGAUUUGCUUCAGACCGUUUAAUCACAUUGUUUUACAAGAUUGAAGCUUUGAAGUUGAAGGGCCAAAAAUAAAGGAAGAAUAAAUUAUGGGUUUACUAUUUUUUGCACUUUUUUUAGCAGUGUCUGCGGCUUCUGCUGAUGAAGAUGCUUUCAUUGGUGUAAAUAUAGGCACGGCACUCUCUGAUAUGCCAAAUCCAACCCAGGUGGUGGCACUUCUCAAGGCUCAGCAAAUUCACCAUGUCAGGCUUUUUGAUGCUGACCAAGCCAUGCUACUUGCACUUGCUAAUACUGGAAUACGAGUUACGAUAUCUGUUCCCAACGAUCAGCUACUAGGCAUUGGGCAGUCAAAUGCAACUGCAGUCAACUGGGUUUCUCGCAAUGUUCUUGCACAUGUUCCUGCCACAAACAUCACUGCCAUAGCUGUUGGAUCUGAAGUCCUGAGCACCCUUCCAAAUGCUGCUCCUAUCCUAGUUUCUGCAAUGAAAUUCAUUCAUUCUGCCCUAGUGGCUUCAAAUCUUGACUCCCGAAUUAAAGUUUCUACUCCACAUGCUUCAUCUUUAAUCCUCGACUCAUUUCCACCCUCCCAAGCUUUUUUUAACCGCUCCUGGGACCCUGUUAUGAUCCCGUUGCUCAAAUUUUUGCAGUCUACUGGAUCCUUUGUUAUGCUGAAUGUGUAUCCAUAUUAUGAUUACAUGCAAUCCAACGGUGUCAUUGCUUUGGAUUAUGCUCUAUUUCGUCCACUCUCUCCUAACAAGGAAGCUGUUGACCCUAACACACUCCUGCAUUACACCAACGUCUUUGAUGCUGUUGUUGAUGCAGGGUACUUUGCAAUGUCCUAUUUAAACUUCACUAAUAUUCCCAUCAUUGUAACUGAAUCAGGUUGGCCUUCCAAGGGUGACUCGUCUGAACCAGAUGCAACUCUUGACAAUGCUAACACUUACAACAGUAACCUUAUUAGACACAUUUUUAACAACACAGGGACUCCCAAACAUCCCGGGAUUGCAAUUAGCACGUAUAUUUAUGAACUUUACAAUGAAGAUCUUAGGCCAGGGCCUAUUACGGAGAAGAACUGGGGCCUUUUUGAUGCAAAUGGGAUGCCAAUUUAUAUCCUACGAUUGACUGGUUCUGGGACUGUUUUGUCGAAUGAUACUACAAAUCAAACAUUCUGUGUUGCAAGGGCUGGUGCUGACCACAAGAUGUUACAAGCUGCCCUAGAUUGGGCUUGUGGACCAGGAAAAGUGGAUUGUUCUCCUCUGUUACAAGGGCAACCUUGCUAUGAACCGGAUACCAUAGCGGCACAUGCCUCAUAUGCUUUCGAUACAUAUUAUCACAGGAUGGCUAUGGGUGAUGGAACCUGUAAUUUCAAUGGGGUAGCCACCGUCACCACCACAGAUCCAAGUCAUGGUUCUUGCAUAUUUCCUGGAAGUGUUGGAAGAAAUGGCACCUUUACGAAUAGCACCCUCCCCAUUCCAUCCUCAAACUCUACGGUAUCUGGCUGUCAUUCACGAUAUUUCGGUAGCAGCGAUGCUUUCACGACCUUAGUAGUACUUGGUGUUCUACUUUGUGGUGUUACAUUUUUGUAAUGGUAUUUCUUUAUCGUGCAUCUUUUGUAAAAGCAUUGACAACCUCGAAACAAUUUUUCUGCUGUUGCUGUAACUUAUUAUCACACCCAGUUUUGUUACUACUCCAAGGAGUGAAUGGGGUGACGGUCAAUUAAGGAAGAGCUUCUCUGGCUAUUAGGUGUAGAAUUUGGUUCAUUAAUUUGUAAAAACAAACCAAUUUAUUAGAUUUGGAAAGUAAUUUGAGAAUUCUGACUAGAAAA